GAUGUCGUUGCCAUCCGAGGCUUGCUUCUUUGGGGAGAAAUGCUUCCGUAAGAACCCGCAUCAUUUCAGAGAGUAUUCUCACCCGCAUUUGGUGGCACUCAUUGCCCAAUUCGGUACCACUGAUCCACCCCAAACCAAAUCAAUCGAAGUGGCUCACAAAGUGAUACUGAUUCAGUUGAAAAUGUUGAGAGAACUGUUCCCGUCGUUGGUCAAAGCUAAACGCGACUCUCCACCAGUCAAAAGGAGCAAACUGGAUCCGGAAAGCUCACAGGUUGCCGCCAAUAGCACCGAAAAGAAAUCGCUCAUUUUGAGAAAACUGGAAAGUGCCGCUCCAUUCUACUUUUUCUUGACCAAAGUGAAAGAUUCUCCGCAAACACAUCGAGAUCUCAGAAGCGUCUACAUAACGGAGCUUUUGCAUCCCAGUCUAGGUACAAUUAAGAAAAGUCUGCAAAUUAAUUUCAUGAUUGAGUGGGCGUGGCUCCAAAUGAACUACGAGGAGACCGGCAACCAGGACAAGCCUUUGCUUCUCAUUUAUGGGGAUGACAAUCCCGAACUGAUGCCCGUCGGGAACCUGCCUUCCAAUGUCCGCGCUCAGCGGGUCAAGCCCCGAUAUCCUUUCGGAACGCAUCACACUAAAAUGAUGCUUUUUCACUAUGACGACGGUUCCGUUCGUGUCGUGGUCUCCACCGCCAAUUUGAUCGGCUCGGAUUGGACCAAUCGGACUCAAGGGCUCUGGAUCAGCCCCCGAUGUCCAACCUUGCCCUCCUCCAGUGCGUCCUCAAACCUAGCCGAAUUAGGCGAGUCCCGGACUCGCUUCAAGGCCUCGCUUCUGAGAUACCUCAAGUAUUACGAACUCUCCGCUCUCCGGGAAUACAUUGAAGCCGUAAAGCAAUGUGACUUCUCAGCCGUGAACGUCUUUCUUAUCGCUUCCGUGCCCAAUUCUCACAGGGGCCCGGAUCUGAAUCUAUGGGGACAAAAGGCUCUGGCCAAUCGAUUGAAGCAGAAUAUCAAAACUGAUAUCGGGCAUUGGCCUUUGAUUAUGCAAUGCUCUUCCAUUGGGAGUCUUGGACCUGCCCCCGAGUCUUGGCUAAGAGGAGAAUUGGCCCAAAGUAUGUGCACCACAGGUCAAAUCAGUUCAGGCACGAGCCCCAACGUCAAGUUGAUCUAUCCUAGUCGCCAGAAUGUCAUGGACAGUUAUGAUGGGAUUUUGGGGGGUGGAUGUCUGCCCUAUUCGCAGAAAACCCAUUUAAAGCAACCUUGGUUGCGCGACUAUUUGCAUGAGUGGCGAUGUGAUAUCAGGCAUCGAUCUCGAGCCAUGCCGCACAUCAAGUGUUACACCCGCAUUAAUCCCGAGGGCGACAAAGCGGCCUAUUUUCUGCUGACGAGUGCGAAUUUGUCCAAGGCCGCGUGGGGCAGUUUUAACAAGGCCAAGGAUGGGCUGAUGAUCAUGUCCUACGAGGCUGGAGUGUUAUUCCUGCCACAAUUUGUCACCGGUCAGGCCUGGUUUAAUCUCGAGAACCAAUUCAAUUUACCCUACGAUUGGCCGCUCAAAAAAUAUGAAGCGGGUGUCAAACCUUGGUUUAUGGACUACUUAAGGACGGCUUUAGCCGAUUAAUCUGGCCGUUAUUGCCUUUGAUGAUUGAUUAUGUGAAACUCUCGUGACUACACUCCUUGGAAAGGAUUUUAUCAUACUGCUUGCUUCAUUUUUCGAAUUGAUAGUAAACGUAAAGUAGUGUCCAUCCUCUUAAGAGAAAACAAAUUGGUUGAACUUGUCAAUAAAAGAACCAAACCUGUAA